UUUCCUUCUCUUUUUUUUCUUUUUCAUUUUUUUCUCUCUCUUCUUCUUCCUUCCUUCCUUCCUUCCUCUUUAAUCCAAUCCUCCAUUUUCUCUCUCCUCUCUGCCAUUGAUUCUCCCUCUUCCUCCAUGAGAGCUUGCUUACCUCCUUCCCCAUGGGUAAAUACAUCAGAAAAUCCAAAUCCUCUCGUGAAAUCACCCUCAUCGAUGCCUCUCAAUCCUCCUCCUACAUUGGCGUUCGCACUCGUGCCAAAACCCUAGCUCUUCAGCGCCUUCAGAAGACCUCCAAUUCUCCCCCCACUUCCCCUUCUCCCACCACCUCCGGUUCCUAUCUCCAGCUCCGCAGUCGCCGCCUUCACAAACCCUCCAGUACUGCUCUUCCCAAGCAGAAAUUGCCCCAGGGGACUACUAAUGCUCGUGGCCGAAGAGUUUCUGCUGAUUCCAGAGGAACCUCUAGGUUGGGGGUUUGCUCCGUUGCUGCUGGUUCUAUUGAGUCUGUCUCGCCUCGGCGGGAUGAUGCGGUUCAGGAAUUGGUGGUUAAACAGAGUGAGGUUCAGGAAAAUUUUAAUGUUCAUGACAUUCAGGAAGAAGCCUCGUUUGGUGAGAAUCUCUUGGAUUUUGAAGGUGGAAUGAGUAGGGAAUCAACUCCUUGCAGUUUGAUAAGGAAGCCCGAGAGCAUACGAACACCCAGUUCUUCUACAAAGGCGUCGAGUACCACCGAUGAUAGGAUACAGCUGCAGAACUCCUCUGCUACAGAUGUACCAACCGCUCGGGAAGUUGACGAUUUCUUCAACUGCGCCGAAGGAGAGCAGCAGAGAAAAUUCAUUGAGAAGUAUAACUUUGACCCGAUCACAGACAAGCCACUUCCCGGACGUUACGAAUGGGAGAAAUUGGAUGAUUAGUUGAUUAAACGACAUUCAUUCAAUAUAUCAGGACCUAUGUUUCUCAAUGUACUCAGGUUAUGUUGUGCUUAUAAUUGGUAGAUAGUCAGAUCAUCUUAGUUUCUGUCACCCUUUUACUUGUAAAGAAGUAGGGCUGUACUAAUGGUCUGUAACAUAACAAGAAUUUGAAUUACACAGCAAAUAGAACUCAAAGCCUUCUGUCUAACAGAUUGGUCUUGGGAAGGAAGGGAAGAGGCUAGAGGCAGGGUGUGUAUGGGUUGGUGUAGGAUUUAGGCUUUUGGGUAAUUAGGUGAAUGUGUGGGGUACAGAAAUUUACUUAGAUUUUUUUCUCCUUUUUUCAUUUCCACCAUUUGUACUGUAUUUUCCUCCCUAUACUUGUACUGAUGGAAUAGUGGGAUAAAAACCCCCCUCUGAUGGAAUAAAAUUUAACCAUCCCUUUUCCCCAUA